GGAGCAGGUACAGGUGUAUGUGUUUGUCUGUUUAUGAAUGUGGGGGAGACAGGAAGGGCUGACGGCGUGAAGAAGAGACGGAGAGGGGUUAAAGGAGGAAAAAAGGAGCCGACAGAGGGGCGGGAGAGCCGGGAAGGAAGAAGGAGUCAGAGGGAGGGAAUGAUGUCGGAGAGGAUCUCUUCGUGUGGGAGCCUGUAUGACAGCACCAACCUGCUGCUACAGUACUGCAACAACGAUGACACGGUGUCGGCCGGCAGUAACAUGGACAUGGAGGACCGGGUGUCCCACCUGGAGCAGAAGCUGCAGCUGCAGGAGGAUGAGAUCCAGCUGCUGAAGGCCGCUCUGGCUGACGCUCUGCGCAGACUGGGCAGCUGUGAGGAGCAGGGUGGGGGUCAGCAGCCUGGAGGAGUCCACUCUGCUGGCAGGAGACCUCUGGCCUCCACAGCUACAGCACAUCCCACCAAGGUGCGUCAGCUCCUGCAGGCUCUUCCCUCCAGACCUCUGAAUAACGGCUAUGUUCAACAAAAGCGCCUCCUCUCCUCCCCUUCCUCCCCUAAGAAGGAGGUGCUGCAGUCCAUCAAGAGGAAGAGUAUGUCCACAGAGCGUCUCACUAUGGUGAGGAGAGAGAUGGGAGUGGAGAGUCGGAGUCGGACCACCUCCUCCAGCAGCUCUUCGGGAGGCAAAGGCAAAACCAAAGAAUGCACCUUUAAUGCAGAGGACGGCUACGUGAGGAUGUUCCUCCGAGGCCGCCCCGUUACCAUGCACCUUCCUGACCAGCAGAGGGAGAGCUACAGCCUGGACAACAAGGUGGCGCUGCCGGACCGCAAACUCAAACUGCAGUGGGUGUACGGCUACCGCGGGCGUGACUGCCGCUCCAACCUCUACCUGCUGCCCACCGGAGAGAUUGUGUACUUCAACGCCUCCGUGGUGGUGCUGUACAACACGGAGGAGCAGCAGCAGAGACACUACCUGGGCCACAACGAUGACGUCAAAUGCCUGAGUGUGCACCCUGACAUGGUUACCAUAGCAACGGGGCAAGUGGCUGGAAACUCUAAAGAUGGAAAGCUGCUGGCUCCUCACGUGCGUGUGUGGGACUCUGUGAGCCUUAACACCCUGCAUGUGAUCGGGAUGGGAGUGUUCGACAGAGCCGUCACCUGCGUGGCUUUCUCCAAGUCGAACGGCGGCUCCUUCCUCUGCGCUGUGGACGACGCCAACGACCAUAUCCUGACGGUGUGGAACUGGCAGAAGGAGAAGCAACUGGCUGAUGUUAAGUGCUCCAACGACUCGGUCCUGGGCGCUGUGUUCCAUCCGAUGGAUGCCAACGUGAUCGUCACCUGUGGAAAGUCUCACAUCAACAUCUGGACCAUGGAGGGCAACACUCUGUCCAAGAGACAGGGCCUGUUCGAGAAACAUGAGAAGCCGAAGUACGUGCUGUGUGUGGCGUUCGCUGAGAACGGAGACGCCAUCACAGGAGACUCCAGCGGGAACAUCUACGUCUGGGCCAAAGGUGGGAACCGCAUCAGCCAGGUGGUGUCGGGGGCCCAUGAGGGCGGGAUCUUCUCUCUUUGUGUCCUGAAGGAUGGCACCAUGGUAUCCGGGGGAGGGAAGGACCGUAAGGUGGUGCUGUGGGACCACGACUACAGGAAACAGGCCGAGAUGGAGGUGGGCGAGUCUCUUGGUCCUGUGAGGGCUCUGGCUGAAGGGAAACCUGGGGAACUGUUCGUCGGAACCACCAAGAAUGCCAUCAUCAGAGCAGCGUUCCCUGAUACAAUGACUCCUAUUGUACAGGGUCACACGGAUGAGCUGUGGGGUCUGGACGUCCACCCCUCCAUGGAGCAGUUUGUCACCUGUGCUCAGGACAAACAGGUUCACCUCUGGGAUACCAACUCCCAUCAGCCCCUCUGGAGCAAAACCAUCGAGGAUCCAGGGAGGUCUGCAGGGUUCCAUCCCAGCGGGGGGGUCCUGGCUGUGGGAACCAUGACUGGAAGGUGGUUGGUGCUGGACACUGACACCAGGGAUCUUGUUUCUAUGCACACAGACGGCAAUGAGAUCAUUUCCAACAUCAAGUACUCUCCAGACGGUAACUUCCUGGCCGUCGCCUCCCACGACAACUUUGUUUACAUCUACGCUGUGACCGAGAAUGGCCGCAAGUACAGCCGUGUGGGGAAAUGCACUGGUCACUCCAGCUUCGUCACCCACCUGGACUGGUCCUCUGACAGCCAGUACAUCGUCACCAACUCAGGAGACUACGAGACCCUCUUCUGGGAGGCUUCCAGUGGUAAACAUGUGACCAGCAUGGACACGGUGCGCAACCAGGAGUGGGCCUCCUCCACCUGCACUCUGAGCUUCAACACCUUCGGGAUCUGGCCAGAUGGAGCAGACGGCACUGACAUUAACGCCGUGUGCAGGUCACAUGACGGAUCCCUGCUGGCCUCUGCCGAUGACUUUGGCAAAGUGCACUUGUUCUCCUUCCCAUGCUCCCAACCAAGGGCUCCGAGCCACGAGUACGGUGGCCACAGCAGUCACGUGACCAACAUUGCCUUCCUGCACGACGACAGUCACCUGAUCUCCACCGGAGGGAAGGACACCAGCAUCCUGCAGUGGGGGGUGUAGGCGGGGUUUCAUACACACAUCUCUAACCCCCCCACACACAGGCUUGAUCUAGCAUCCGCUCUGUCCGUCACCUCUUCACUGUUUUACCCUCCUGCCACCAGGGGGCAGUAUCUCCACUGUGCCUACUGGACGUUAAAUAAAAACCCAGAAUGUGUCCCACAGAUGAGAUCAUGAGUAUCAUUGUAAUCAACGGAAUAUUAUUUAGUGCUUGUGAUAGAAUGUAGAGAUUUGUUGCCAUGCAGGAACUGUUCCCAAAAGAAAAAUCAACCCCCCCCCCCCCCCACCUGGGCUUUAGCAUUAGUACUAACCGUGUGCCUAACUAUUUAUCUUACACCCUUUAAUGGGAAAUCCACCUGUUUUAAAGGACUUCUAGCUCUUUGAUAGCACAUCAUGUACAUUUUGAAUGCUAAUCUGUUCCAUCAAGGAUUAUACUGUAUAUUUAAGGGUUAACAUCACGGGACUUGUUUCUACUCUUCUAAACAGCUAUCACGUUAGCAGACAUUUCAGAUCAGACACUACACCCCCACCCAAUGCCAAUGUUCAAUUUACAUAAAAUACAACAGAAACCGUAUUGACUGUAACUCAUUACUCACCUAAAAUCAUUCCAAAUGGGUUUUCACGUGCAUUGAAGAAAAUAAAGACACAAAACACAUAUUCAUAAAACAGCUGCUUUGUUUGCAAAUUUCUGUCGAGAAAAGCUUACAAAAUUUGAUAUAAGAGUUAAAACAUGUGAAAUCACAUCACCCUUUAAGAAUUCCUGUAUUUCUGCACCCCAGGCGAGAUAAAUAGGUUAUCGUGAUAAUGCAACACUCUUUCCUUGAGCUCCAAAACAUGGCGUUAAACUUUCUGACCUGUGAGAGCCUUGCAGGGAAGUAGUAAACAGAAAGUCAUAUUUAGAAGUGGGUGUUUAAUUAGCUUCAAGAAAGAGUGGUGCAUGUGUGUAAAGACUGUCUGACCUAUCCUGGGGCAAUGGGAGAUUGUAGAAUUCCUAAAAUAGGUGGUAUUUCCCUUUACUAAAAUAACCUCAUUGCCUUGUUCUCUAACACCUUCCAUCCUUCAGCCUGAUUCUUAACAUACAGAUUGUAAGUAUUAUAGAUUGCUGAUGCAGAAUGUCAAAGGUACAAAGUGGCUGUAGUGCCCCCCCCCCCACCCCCCACCUUCCGAUUGUAACACUGCUGUAACUGUCACUAGAUGGCGCUACACCACCAGAGAGUGAGCAUGAGUGGCUGUCCUCCUGUGUAGAUGCUGUUGAUGUAAAGGUCUAUAGAGUACAUAUUAUGCGUUAUAUCCGAGUGGCUGUGUUAUUUUCAUAUUUAACUGUAACAUUGAUGGAUGUUGUUAAUAUAUUUUUUGUGGCACUUUUAGCGGUGGACAGAAGGGUACUGUGGGCUGCUGUGCUGUUGGAGUGAGCUUACGCUGUGCUUUGCCUUCUUCUGUUUUGUUAAUAAAGUUUUUACCUGAGUAAAACCGA